AUGAAGUCGCUUGGCGGGGAUGCCCUGAACACCGAACCACCCUUCUGGAGUGCGCGCCCUGCGCAGAAGGAGGCCCUGAAGCCGGUCCCGGGCAUCUCGGCACCUGCUCCGCCUGUCAACGGCGCCGAGCACCGCCCUGGCAUCAUGGCCAAAGCUGGCUACAGCUCGCUCUCGAUGAAGGGCUCCAUCUGGCGAAAGGUCUUGAUCCAGUCCAUGUUGCGAGAGGACUCGGAUGUGCAGGAUGACUUCUACCGUGAGCAUGGCUGCCGCUGCGAGUCCUGGACACAGCUGCGCUACAGCUGCUACCGCUUGGUCUCCCGGAAGUGGUUUGAGUACCUCAUGGGCUUGAUCAUCGUCGCGAACGCCCUCGCUGUUGGCUAUGAGAUCCAGUUAUCUCUUAGCCACAUCGCUGAUUGGAUGUUCUGGAUCGACUUUACAUUUGUCAUGAUCUACCUCGUUGAGCUUACGAUUCGCUUUCUUGCGUGGGGGAAAAAGUGCUUCCUUGACCCGUGGUGCAUACUGGACAUGGUCCUGGUCGCCCUGGGAGUCCUCAGCCUGUUCACAAACAGUGUGGGGGUGCAAGUGCAGGAGCUGGAGUCAUUGCUGGUGGUUCGCUCGUUUCGAUUGCUGCGGCUGAUGCGGGCGCUACGCCUGCUGAAGCAGUUUCGAACCGUUUGGCGCCUUGUGAGCGGUCUUCUCACAUCGGCAAACGCCAUGCUAUCGACGCUAGUGCUGGUGAUACUGACCCUGUACAUCGCGGCCUGCCUUGGCAUUGAAGUCAUCACCAAGGACGCCAGCCUCUCCCAGACGGAAGAAACAGCAGGCAUCGUGAGCCAGUAUUUCGGGUCUUUGUUCAUGACCCUCCUGACGCUCUCCUCUUUCGUGACCCUCGACUCGGUUGCGCCCAUCUACUCGCCGCUCAUUACCGAAAAGCCGAGCCUCACACUGUACUUCUUCUUCAUCGUGCUCUUCGUCUCGGUUGCAUUGAUGAAUUUGGUGACUGCUGUACUGGUGGAAGGGGCACUUGCCAAUGCGUCCGCUGACAAAGAGUUGGAGAAGCUUGAUUUGAGAGAGAAGUUGCAGAAUGAGAUGCCAAGGCUGCUGGCAGUCUUCGGCGAGAUUGACAGAGAUGGUUCUGGGACGCUGACGAUGGAAGAGAUGUCCCUCGUGCCCAUUGACAUCAUCCCAGAGGAGCUGCGUGCCAAAAGUAACAUCUCCACCAUGCACGACGUUUUCGAGAUGCUGGAUGUCGAUGGCGGUGGAGAGUUGACGCGCGAGGAGUUUGUGGAUGGCCUCCUCAACUUGUUCCUCCACGACGUGCCGGCCACCUCCGUGCAGACCCUGCGCCUUUUAAGGUCCGUUGACAACAAAGUCAACGUGCUGGCGGAUCAAGUUCGCCAGCUCCAAUACCCUGGCCGCGGCCUACACCGACGCCAAAUUUCGAUAGUAAGCAGCCGGUCUGACUCCACGGACUUGCACCUGGGAAGCGCAUGA